AUGUCAUCGAACAAAGGUCGAGAUUAUCCAGAAGAUGAUUCUGAUCGAGAUCAUCAAUCUUCGAAACGUGCUCGUACAAGUCGUAUCGAUGAAUUGACAUCUGAAUAUUCUCAUCGUCGUUCUUAUUCGUCGACUGGUACAAUCGAUGAUAAGUCCAACCUUACUGGUUCUAUUAAUAAUGGUUCAUAUUAUGUUGUAUCCAAAGCUCUCUCCGAUGCUGGAAGUGACACUAAAAAACGUUCACGUUCACUUGUCCGUCCAACUAUUCGCUCAGCUGUACCCAAUUCACAAAUUACAACCAUCGCCAAACGACCACCUCAAUCCGGCCGAGUUGGACAACGCAUUGAACUCUACACAAAUCAUUUUCAAAUCAAUUUCUCCAAACGUGCCAAUGAAGUAAUUCUUUAUCAAUUCGACGUCGAUGUCGAACUUCUCAUGCGUGACGGCUCAUGGCGAUCAUGUCGCAAAGAUGAACGCUUACAAGUUCUCAAAACAAUCAUCGAACGUGAACAUUUCCCACUUGUUUGGUAUGAUGAAGGAAAGAAUUUAUAUGCAACGGAAAAUUUAACAUUAAAUCACAAAAAAGAAUACGAAUGUCAGAUCGUUCACAAAAAAACGGGACAAACCAACAAAUUUCGAUUCUUACUAAUUAAUCUCGUAAAAACUUAUGAAUUGCAAAGUUUAUUUGAUUUUGUACAAAAACGACUCGAUGUUCGGCCACAUGAUCCCGUUCGAAUUCUCGAAACAUUAUUCAAACAAACCCAACGAUCGGACAUGAUCACCAUUAAAAAUCAAUCUUAUCCGAAACAUCAACGGUUGGAUGAUCUCGGCGAUGGCCGCGGUCUCGCAUCAGGUUUUUACCAAGCAAUUGUUCUUGGCGAACGUGGUCCAACAUUAAACAUCAACAACACUUUUUGUUGCUUUUAUCAAAACUAUAAUUUAGUCGAAUUUCUUUCGUGUUAUUUGAAUCAUGAUAUCCGACGACACGGCAUUCCACCUAAAGAUCAGCCAGUACUCGUUCGAAAAGUUCUCAAAUCGCUCUGGUUUGUCACAUCGCAUACAAAUAAAGUUCGGCGAUAUCGUUUGAAAUCAUUCGGUCGCCCUGCAGAUGAACAUAAAUUUACGAAGAAAGAAGGCGAUCAGACCACCGUUGCUGAUUAUUUUCAUGACAAAUAUAACAUUCGCUUACGUCAUCCUCAUUUACCUGUCGUUGAGCUUUAUAAUCCAGUUAAUAAGAAUCAAUCGAACUUUUUACCAAUGGAAAUGGUCACUGUUGAUGAAUGGCAACGAAGUUUAAAAGCAUUAACGACUGAACAACGCGCGAAAGUGACAAAGAAAACCGUUGUUCGUCCAGGUGAACGUUACGGAAUGAUUCGUCGUGUUGCCGAUGAACGUCGAUUCAAUCAAGAUUCAUAUUUGGAACGAUUUGGUUUAACUGUUGAUGUUAAUGAAAUGUUAUUAGUACCAGCAAGAAUUUUACCACCGCCAGAAAUCAAAUAUAAAUCAUCGCGUGAUCAAAGUGAUACAGUCGAACGUGUUCAGAUCGGUAAAUGGUGGUUAAAUAAUCGUUUCAACAAAGCACGCGAAAUUCGAACAUGGGCCGUUGUUCUCGUUAGCCAACGUGAACCUGAUGAUCGACAAAUUCGUCUCGCAAGAGACUUUGCUCGUCGACUUCCACAGGCAAUGUCGAAAUAUGGCCUUCGAUUAAGUUCAUCACCUAUUGAGAAAUCUGAUGCAGCUGUACCACAAACAAUCCUUGCUCGUAUGAAUGAACUCAAAAUGCAAGGAUGCGAAGUUAUUAUUUAUAUUCUCAAUCAAGUCGGUGAUGACAUUUAUCAUGCAAUUAAAUUCUUUGGUAAUGUUAAACUUGGUAUCGUUACACAAUGUACACGUUUCGAUCGACUCAUGUCAAAUAGUGAUCCUCGGAAAAUGGAUAUGUAUAUUCAAAAUUUAGUACAAAAAUUCAAUGCAAAAUUAGGUGGUGUUAAUCAACUUGUUUCAUUAAUGCGUGCAUUAACAUCUCCAUCAGCUCGAUCUGAUAUUUUUAUGUUCUUUGGUAUCGAUUGUACACAUAUAACAUGUUCACGUGAACGACCAUCGAUUGCUGCUGUUAUUGGUUCAAAAGAUUCAACGAGUUCACAAUAUGCUGGUCGUGUUGUACAACAAUUUUCACCGAAAGGAAAAAUUGCAUUGGAAAUUAUCAAAGAUCUUCAUAUACUCGUUGGUGAAUUGAUUCGUGAAUUCUCUAACCAUAAUUCACGUUUACCGAAUAAACUUGUGUUCUAUCGUGCUGGUGUUGAUGAUGGAUCAUUUCAAAAAGUUCUUGACAAUGAAUUACGAGCAAUUCAACGAGCAUGUACCGAAUUAUAUGGUCAUAAUCAAUUACCGAAAAUUUGUUUUGUUGUCGUUAAAAAACGACAUAAUACUCGAUUUUUUACUUGGGAUAAACAAACUAAUCAAACAAACAAUAUUCAACCAGGAACAGUCAUCGAUACCGACAUUGUUUCACCGAAUGGUUUCGACUUUUAUCUCAAUUCACAUGCAGCUAUUCAAGGCACAUCCCGACCAAUGCUCUAUCAAGUUUUAUAUGAUGAAAUUGGUUUCACAUCAGAUGACAUUCAACAGUUAACAUACUAUCUCUGUCAUACUGAUGUUCGCUGCACAAAAGCUGUAUCUGUUCCCGCACCGGUUCAUUAUGCAACACUAUGUGUUUCACGUGGUCUCAAUCUGGAUUACGAAGGUCAAAUGGCAAAUGAACAACGAAGUAUUGCUGCUUCUGAUCUAGAUGAAGCAUUAUUGGACGAAGAUGUUGUUGUCACAUUGGAUGAUGUUCAAACAACAAAGAUUGACUUCAAUCCAUUGAUUGAAAACACAAUGUGGUUUGCAUAA